UGCCAUUCUAUCAAGGACCGUAUAAAGCCAUUGGUUCUCAGGUUGCUACAUCCUCGUAGCACAUGGACUUAAAGCUACAAGCGCCACUUCAACGACCUCAUGGAAUCUGUACGAGACACAAAAUGAAAGCAUUGGGGGAUAUAUUACACCACGUGUGUCGUAUUCGUGUGGGUAGUUACAGAGGUUACAGAGCUUUGGCUUUAACCGAGGAUGGGGCUCAAAGUUCUGCUUUACUGGCCGAAUAUUGUUGGAUACAUCAGGAUUGGCCUGGUGUUUGCUGCAUGGGCUGCUUAUGAGACACCGGUGGUGUUUCUCCCUCUUUACUCACUAUGCGUAUCUCUUGAUGCAGUGGACGGCUGGCUGGCAAGGAGGCUGGGCCAGACCUCCAGGUUUGGAGCAUGGCUGGAUGUAGCUGUGGACAACCUGGGCAGAGGCAUGCUGUGGAGUCUGCUGUUUAAGUGAUGCCUGGCAGUAGAAGCAGAGUGAACACCUUACAAAUCCUGGGCAUCCCACCUCUGCAUGCUCGCAGGAAGAUCGUCCACCUGUCCCUUCUACUAUGCACACUUUCCCUCGUUUGCCUCAUUUAUGUGCUCUGCAGGACAUACUUUUAAUUCCAGCACGAUCAAAUAUAUGUAAAAAAAAAAAAAUGACUAUGAUUUGCAUAGCAGCAAUCCUAACCCUUUAACAUCUGUCUUGUGUGAAAAAUGUCAGUGAUGGAAGCUGUAAAGCUAGUCUAUAAAAGGAGUUUUUAAAAGUGUCGCAGUGAAAUGUAGUGGCAGUUGCCAAAAAUGGCAAUAUUCAAGUAAAGUCAAAGUUCCUUUCCACAUUUAACUCGCUGUAUUAUGCACUAUAACUCACCUAUGCUUAAAGCCCGAUUUAAAGGAAAACUCGAAGGAUCAAAUAAAGUGAAUAUUUCGUCUCAUUAGUGUAAAAGUGUUCCUGUUGUUUGCUGGGAUGUGGAUGUUGAAGUCCAAAUAUGUACAGCUGAGGGACAGCAAAGAGGGAAACUGUGAUGGUCAACGAUGUUUUAAUGUUUUUGAAGCUAACAGUGAAGCAGUAACAGGACAACAGUGAACACAUCCCACACGUCUCCUUUGAACUCUGAAGAGAGAAGCGGGCUGUUGGAGACAUCACAGCUUCAUUUUGAACUUUGUCCUGUGCCCCCCUCCCCCCGACACCACCACUUUUCUACACUAUUCCCUUUCAGACAUCAGUAGAUCAUCUUGGCCAAGCAAGAAAA